UUCGAUUUUGACAGUUUUGAAAGCUGCCUGAAAUCAUACAGAGAAGACAGAGAAUAGGUGAUUUUCGAUGAUCAACUCUGCCAUCGAAUCAGCAAUAAAACAAUGUUAAAAAGUAUUUUACAAACAGGACGAGCUUCAAUUUUGCAGCCCCUGAUUAAGACAGAAAUCUGUUUAGCUCAACAAACUCGUAACACAUUUGUGUUGAAAAGAAGAUGGGAACCAAGGUUAACAACAAAAGGUGCGGAACCCAAGGGCUUGAAAGCAAGAAAUUUUGUUUAUGAUUUCAUUGAAGAUGGGGAUGUCAUUAAAAAACCGGAUAUUAGCAUCAUUCUCACGGACUAUGUUGAUGGGGUGGGCUUCAGAGGUGAUUUAGUAAAGAUGCGACCAAAAAAGGCAUACAGAUCGCUAUUGGCUGGUUUAGCUGUGUACGAUACACCCGAAAAUCGAAUGAAAUACGAUACAGAGGCACGACUUAAAGAAGAACGCCAAUCACCAUACAUUCAACGAACUAUCGAUGUAUUCGGUCGAAAAGUGGUUGCCAUUUGCAUGAAUAAAUUCAAACCAUGGGUCAUCGAACCGCGUCAUAUUCGAGUAUCAAUGCGCAAGGCUGGACUUUAUGUAAUGAACGAUUCACAAAUUGAAUUACCAAAAACACCAAUCCAUGGUCCCGAUCUGACCAAAGAAGGUAAGGACUUUUACGUAACCAUUACGAUCAAUAUGAAAGAUAAGGCAACAGUACGAUGUAAAUUGCACCACGUUACAUUGGAUCCAAAAAAACGAAUUCCAUGUAUUCAGAAUUGGUGGGAACUAGAGAGUGAACUCUUAUUGCCCGAUGAGGAAGGACAAAGAAUGCUUCAAGCCAGUGAAAAAAGCAAAGCCUCUGAAAAAGGUUCAAAUGAUUCACAAACUAGUAAAUAAACCAGUAGGCAAUUGACCCAUUCAAUAAAUUUAAUCAAGAGAAUAAAGAAAAAUGUUAUAUUAUACAUAAAAAUA